UCUCUUAUUUUUUGACCGGAGGGAAGAGGGCGGAUCUGUCAGUGGCGUGCCAGUCGUUCGCGAUGGAGACGGAGGCGACACCGGCAGAGAGGGAGUACAAGGAGGGGGGUGCAAAGGCUACGGGGAAGGGGGUGCCGGUUUACGUGAUGAUACCUUUGGAUAGUGUGACGAUGGGGAAUGGUGUGAAUACGUGGGAGGGGAUGAAAGAGAGGAUGCAGAAGCUGAAGAGCGCGGGUGUGGAGGGGGUGAUGAUGGACGUCUGGUGGGGACUGGUGGAGAGGGAGGCCCCUGGCACCUAUAAUUGGGGUGGCUACGUGGAGCUCCUGGAGAUGGCCAAGCAGCAUGUGCUCAAAGUUCAGGCGGUCAUGUCCUUCCAUAAAUGUGGUGGAAACGUCGGUGACUCCUGCACGAUCCCUUUACCUAACUGGGUUGUGGAAGAGAUCAACAAAGAUCCGGACCUUGCAUACACUGAUCAAUGGGGGAGGAGAAAUUAUGAAUAUGUGUCCCUUGGGUCUGAUACUCUUCCAGUCCUCAAGGGGCGAACACCCGUCCAGUGUUAUGCUGACUUCAUGCGUGCAUUCAGAGACAAUUUCAAGCAUCUUCUUGGUGACACCAUUGUGGAAAUCCAAGUGGGGAUGGGACCAUCAGGUGAGCUCCGCUACCCUUCAUAUCCAGAGCAAAAUGGGACAUGGAAAUUCCCAGGCAUUGGAGCAUUCCAGUGUUAUGACAAGUAUAUGCUCAGUAGCUUGAAAGCUGCUGCAGAAGCUGCUGGCAAACCAAAAUGGGGUAGCACCGGUCCCACAGAUGCUGGCCACUACAACAACUGGCCAGAAGAUACACAGUUUUUCCGACGAGAAGGAGGGGGUUGGACCAGUCCUUAUGGUGAAUUCUUUCUUAACUGGUAUUCUCAGAUGCUUCUAGACCAUGGUGAGAGAAUACUGUCAUCAGCCAAGUCCAUCUUUCAGGACAUGGGAGUUAAGAUCUCAGUCAAGGUUUCAGGUAUUCACUGGCACUAUGGGACACGGUCCCAUGCUCCAGAGCUCACGGCAGGGUACUAUAACACACGGUUCCGAGAUGGAUACAUUCCUAUUGCUCAAAUGUUAGCACGCCAUGGUGCCAUACUCAACUUCACCUGCAUAGAGAUGCGUGAUCAUGAGCAGCCACAGGAUGCUCGUUGUGCACCCGAGAAGCUUGUGAGGCAAGUGGCUCUAGCAACUCGGAAAGCUCGAGUCCCACUUGCUGGGGAAAAUGCAUUGCCUCGAUAUGAUGAGACUGCGCAUGAGCAGAUCUUGAGAGCAUCAUCCUUGAAUUUUGACGGUGAAGAAAGAGAGAUGUGUGCUUUUACAUACUUGAGAAUGAAUCCGGACCUAUUCCAGGCAGACAACUGGAGAAGGUUUGUUGCAUUUGUGAAAAAGAUGAAGGAAGGGAAGAAUGCACACUAGUGUCGGGAACAAGUGGAGCAGGAAGCAGAGCACUUUGUAGGAUAAUAAAUUGCGACAUAUGAGUGUUGGUUUUAAUAAACUUAAAAAUGUCAAAGCCAACUUUAAUGGUCAGGCAAAUUAAAGGGGACUUAUAUUUUCUAAAAAUUUGCUUAGAAUAUUUUUUUCCGUGGUUAGCACUUUUUGGAAAUCAAACAUGGCAUAAAAGCAUCCAGCCUUCAGCCAUUAAAUUCGACGUCGCUUUGUAAAGUUGAUUAUAAAUGAUGAAGCUAUAUAUGGUGAGUAGGCUACA